AUCGAAUUAUCAAAAAAAAAAAAAGCGAUUAUCGAAAGAACAACAAAAAGCAACUCUCUUCGUCAAAAAACAAAAAAAAAAAACAAAAAGCAGCUCUCACAGAUUAAAAUCUCCCUCUCUCUGAAACGCGACGCUCCUUUCCCUCCAAGACGCUCACCGGCGGCGACGGCGAGUCUCCGGCAACUUCUCUGUCUCCGCAUCGGUUCUCUGUUUUUGGAAAGGAAUAGGAUAAUCAUGGCUACUGUAGUAGGUGCUGCUGCUCUGAUGCGUGAUUAACCUUUUAUUCUGCAGUACUGUAUAUUUGUUUGUGGUCUAAGAGUGGAGCGAGAAGGAAACAGAAAAGGGAGGAAAAAUGGAAGGUGAGUUGGUGCAACAGCAGCAGCAGCAGCAGGAGAGAUUGAACCAGGCAGUGCAGCAGCAGUUAAACCUAGAACAAGUAAAGACGCGUGCUAUCAGCCUGUUCAAAGCCAUAUCGAGGAUUCUGGAAGAUUUCGAUGCAUAUGCUCGCACUAACACCACUCCCAAAUGGCAAGAUAUUCUGGGUCAGUAUUCCAUGGUCAACCUCGAACUCUUCAACAUCGUUGAUGAUAUCAAGAAGGUCUCCAAGGCAUUCAUAGUCCAUCCCAAGAAUGUCAAUGCCGAUAAUGCUACAAUACUGCCUGUUAUGCUCUCCACAAAACUACUCCCUGAAAUGGAGACGGAGGACACCUCCAAGAGAGAUCAACUGCUUCAGGGGAUGCAGAACCUCCCAAUUCCCACUCAAAUUGACAAGUUGAAGGCUAGACUUGAUAUGAUUGCCGCAGCCUGUGAAGGUGCUGAGAAAGUAUUGGCAGACACUCGUAAAGCUUAUUGCUUUGGAACUCGUCAAGGCCCUGCCAUUGCCCCCACUCUCGACAAGGGUCAGGCUGCCAAAAUUCAAGAACAGGAAAAUCUACUCCGAGCCGCCGUCAAUAUUGGUGAAGAAUUACGGAUACCUGCAGACCAGAGGCGUACAACUGCUUCACUUCCAAUGCAUUUGGCAGAUGCAUAUCCUGUCAACGAGGGUGCACAAUCUUUUCCUGACGGGUCUAACAAUAAUGUGUAUAUGAAGAAUACUCCACUGUCAUCAAACAGUAUGGGUGGCCAGAAUUCGUUGUUACAGACCUCAGGAUCACAACUUUUGGGAAGAUCAGCUGCAUCUCCUUCUGCUGCAACCAGCGCCACUUCUUUUGACAAUACAACAGCUUCACCAAUUCCAUAUGCCAAUUCACCUAGGUCUUCUACAAAUAUAAUGAAUACGCCAUCUCCUCAGCAGCAAACCCCACAACUUCAGCAGCAACAGCCAACAACACAACAACAGCAACGACAGAAAAUGAUGCAGCAGUCUCAACAGCAGCAACAGCAAAUUCUUGCUCAGCAGCAACAGUUCAGGCAAUCUACAAUGCAAGGACUGGGGCAGUUGCACGGGCAACAUCAGAUGCAAUUUUCUCCACAACUUGGACAUCAACAAUUUCAGAGUAGGCAGCUUUCUUCGGCACAUAUGCAGCAUGGCAUUGGUCAAACGCAACUCAAUCAAGGAAAUCAGAUGAAUCGUUUAAGCCAGUUUUCGGGUCAUGCUAACAGUGCAUUAUUUAGUGCUGCUCAAACAACACCAAAUACCCAGAUGAUUCCUAACAUUUCAGCUGGGAUAACUUCACAAUCUCUUCUACCACGGAUGCAGUACGGAUUAUCUGGAAACAAUCCUCAGCGAAGUCAUCCUUCCCAAAUGUUGAGUGAUCAAAUGUUCAACAUGGGAGGUGGAAACCCUGGUGGUAUGAUGUCCAUACAGCAACAGCAGCAACAACAACAACACAGUUCACAAGGUGCUUUUGGUGGCAUGGCGUCAAAUGCUCAGAAUCUACAAUCUGGCAUGAUGACUCUUCAGAACGCUCAACAGAAUCAUCCAAAUUUCUCUCAACAGAGGCAACAAAAUCCACAGUGAUACGAUUGAGCAUGGUUGGGUUCAGUUUAGAAUGAAUUAUCAAACAAUGUUGCCCUAGAAACAUGGUUCACAGAAACUGAAGCAAACUGUUUUGUUGUUUUCUUUGUAAUUUUGGAUUGUCUGCCUGUUUAGAUAUUGUAAAAAAUAACUCAACUGGAAAAUGAUAAAUAGGAUUCUUUUUGGGUUUUUGUAGAGGGUAAUGAGUGAAGAAUUGUUGGUUUGAACCUGUACCAUAAUAUAUCAAAUGUCUAUGUAGUCUCUAAUCAUAUAAGUUGUAUUUGCAUAAUUUUUUGGUA